AAGAAAUUGUCUCAAUCCAAACUAGGUGUUUAAAAAGUGCAAUCAAAGACAGAACAUAGAGUUCCUUUUGGACGAUGGUACCAUUCAACGAAAAAAAACAAUCUCACCUCGGACUUGCAUUUAUAGACGACAAGAUAACCUCUCGAGUAAAUUCAUGCCAAUGAUAUGUAUGUACUAUUGACAUAAUUGAGACUUUUUGCUUCCCUCCCUUGAGCGCUUCAAUAAUUUGAAUUGGAUAUGCUUUCACAACUCGUUCAACGUUUCAGUACCGAGUUCGCGUAAAGUUUUUGAAAAAAAGGAGGUACAUGGCAUGUUUUUGCCGUACAAACUUUUUAAUCAUCCUCCAAAAUAAAUCUUUAUGCGCAGACAAGACAUUUCGAUUCAAACCAGUCUUUGCUUGGUUUUAAUGUUCUUGAUAAAUGUAUCUCUUCGAAUUCUUUUGUUCAAUGUUUUAUGGUCUUUUAUGAAAUCGUGACGGCAAAGUUUUGACAGCAGUUUCAAUUUCUGAUGAAAUUGAUAGCAAUUUUUUUUCUUCGUUUGAACUCCUAACUUAAGAUUGUUGCAACUAAUAGUGGAACUUUCAAACACCAAAAUAUAUUAUGAUUUAUUUAGACUCUCAGCUUUUAAUAUAUUCAUUUCCACCAGGUGUUUCAGUUAAGAUUGAUUCCUUUUGAAAGUGACAACCAAGAACGUUGUCCACCCUCACCGGUAGUAGAACUGAAACUGAUUCAGACCUACGUUCAGGGAUGUCAGCCAAACCUUUUUCGUGAACGUAACAAUUACCCCUGGGCGAAAACCGACCUAACAGCAGUUUUUCCUUGUAUUCGUUCGAGACGAGGGAACAAGCAAUGGAUUUAGGCAAAAGUAAAGUAAAGCAGACAAUUGCAUAAUGCAAAAAUUCUAAUCAAAGCAAGUCAAUAAUCCCUUUCAGUUCGUGACCCAAAUCUGGUUAAGCAGGGCUUAACUUCAGCGAGUGGCUCAACUCUGAAUGAGCAUCUGUAUGGUCAAACCACGGUUCACCCUAAGGUGGGGCUUUGUCUCUGGGAUUAUUUCACGAUGGAAGCCGAUGUGCUUUUUGCAAACCUUGCAAAGAAAAAAAAACAAGAAAAAGUAUUAUAAGGCUCAAAAUGAUCGAAGCUCUUCUACGCUGAGGAGACAUUUACAAAGCAAACAUCCCUCUGAAUUCAGUUCAAUUAUCCAAAGUACGGGCAUGUCGCCACGAGGGAGUGUUAUUUUGGGCGGAAGAUACAAACAAGGAUCAAGUGAAAUGAGAGCUAGACACAGGAUGCUUGCCAAAAUGGUCGUGAAAAGAAUGGAACCAUUAUCAAUGAUGGAAAGGCCCGAAUUCAAGGAAUUUAUUCGUGUGUUGGAUCCUCAUUACAUCCUCCCUUCAAAAAAACGUUGAGGGAUUCUCUUAUAAGAGAUAUGUACCAGGAAGACCAAGAAAGUUUAAUGAAUCACCUAUAUAAGGCUUCUUGUGUUGCUAUAACCACAGAUGGAUGGUCGAGUCGCAAUAUGACUGCAUUUUUGGCUAUCACUUGCCAUUUCUUUGAUGAAGAAACGUCCACCUUGGAAUGUAAAAUUAUGGAUUGUUCUCGAAUCAAGGGAAGUCACACAGCAGAAAAUUUGCGAUCGAGAAUCUUGACUUCUCUGGUUCAAUACAAAGUGGAAAAGAAAAUUGUUUGUGCGAUCUCUGACAACGCUGCAAAUAUCCAAAAGGCUUUGGGGACCCUUUCUUUUCCUCAUCAGCCAUGUUAUUCUCAUCUUCUGAAUUUGGUCGUAAAGAAGUCUCUUUAUGCAGUUAUUGGUCUACAAAAUUUGAUCAAAAUGGUAUCGAAUGUUGUCACCUACACUCAUCACAGUGCUGUUGCUUCUGAUCAGCUUGAGGAUCUGCACAUCAAGCUUGGUUCCGACACCUAAAAAGUUGAUGGCCAAAGUUGAAACGAGAUGGAAUUCAACAUUCAUGAUGUUAGAAAGAUUUUUGGAAUGCAAGAAUGUCUUGACACUAUUAUUCGCCGGCAGUUUUUUUGAAGGAAAAAGUGAUGGUUUCAAAUUUUUUCAUUCAGAGUGGGAUUCCAUUCAAGAUAUGGUCCAUUGCCUCAGUCACAUUUAUGAAGCUACCCAAGAGAUGGGAGGAGAAAAACACACGACAAUCGGCAAAACUAUUCCAAUGACCACAGUAUUGAUGAAAGCGUACCAAGAAGAAGUGGAAGAAAGUAAAACUUCAUUAACAAAAGAACUUGCCCAAGAAAUUCUAAAGAACCUUCAUCUCAGAUUUGGAAGAGUGGAAUUUGAUUCCAUGUACACAUUCAGCACUCUCUUGGACCCGAGAUAUAAAAACUGCAUGCUCCGGAAUACAGGUGGCUUAGACCAGGCGUUGACAGAACUGAAAGAGGAGCUGAAAAAGGGAUCGAUCGUUUCAGUCUCCGGGUCUGAUAUUCCAAGUGCUUCAUAUGAAGGAGUCCUCUCUUCGCAAGCGUCACUUUGGACGAAAAUGGAUCGAGAAGUUAUAACCGAAAUGAAAGAUAGCUAUUCUUCUUCAAAUCAAGCCACUAAUGAGUUACAUUUGUAUCUGACUGAAGUGCCAAGAAUUUCACGACAGUCUGAUCCUUUAAACUGGUGGGUGAAAGUUAGCAAGGAAAGGUUUCCUCAUAUUUAUCAAGUUGGCAUAAAGUACUUAGCUAUUCCAGCAACCUCUGUCCCCAGCGAGAGGCUUUUCAGCUCAGCCGGAGACAUCUUGCGUGAAAAAAGAAGCAACCUGGGAGAUGAUAUUGUCACAAGCUUGAUAUGUCUCCAUGCAAAUUUGUAAAAUGAAUUUUAAACUUGCUUGUAUCCAAAACAAUGUACCGCUUUCAUAAUAAAGACAAUUUUAUUUCAAAUAUCUAUCCAACUACUGUAAAACACUUUUCACUUUGGAACACUGAUACAUUGAAAGUGUACUUAUGGGUUCCUCAAAGAAGUGUCUUGGGCCCUUUGCUGUUCGCCAUUUUUGUUAACGACAUGAAUAUGUCUGUCGAAUCCAGGGUAUUAAGCUUUGCGGAUAAU